AUGCCAGCUCACGACGCGAAGAACCGAACUGCUGUUGGAGCGGGACAGACACGGCACCCACGGGGUCUCACGCAGACCCUGCAGAAGUUCCUCUACCGCUGCAGCCGUUGGAGAUUGAGGCGCGUCGCACCACACACUCGCGAGCCACCAGUACAGCAGCAGCAUGCGCAUCGCCAUAUUACACUCAGCGGCGUCACUCCUGGGCGAAGCAUCACGAUGGCACGGCACCAGACGUUGUACCAGACGCAAGAGAAGGCCGUCCCGAAACCACUCCUCCGGCACGCGCAGUAA